AUGGCGUCAGAGCCAUACAGCGAGCCUCGCAAGACAAGAAGAACCGCAAAUGCCUGCAUCGCCUGUAGGCAGAGCAAGAUCAAAUGCUCCGGCGAUGAUCCAUGUCAGAACUGCACUCGUCGGUCCGUGGAGUGUCACUUUAGGGAAGGGGUCACAAAGGUCAUGGUUUCUGAAAGAUAUCUACAGGAUCUUCAGAAGCAGGUUGAGCAGCAGCGACACCAGUCAUCGCCGUCAAACAGCAUCUUUGAACCGGUGACACAAACUGUAAAUACCCCUCUCUCAAACCGCUCCCCGGCCUUGGCCCAGAUCUCGUCCGCGCCUCCGCCAUACCGGCCAUCCCUUGAUGCGGCUUCACUUCGUUCUCAGGCCUCUCAGCCGUCGUAUUGUCCUACGCCAAUAUCCCAGUCACAGCUACGAGCGUCUUUCUCUCCAAGACCUAAACGCAACAGCGAUGUUGCGUUCGGCUCUGAAACCGACAACGGUGAAUGUGGAAUCGAUAACAGUCUUGCCUAUCCCGCGCUCACAGCGGACACACCUACACAAUCUGAUUCUGUCAACAAACUACCAUCCUCAUCUAAUCACCAACCGGCAGGGUCGCCGUUAAGCAUCUGGCCCAGCGCCUUUACAAUACCAUCUCAGAUAAUCAAAAACACCCGCAAGAACAGACGUACCUGGAUAUGGCUGGCUCCUUGGUCGACAUGGUCUUUUACUCUACGCCUGAUGCUUAUGCUGGACAGUAAAUUACAACCUGGUGUAGAAACGAUACCACCGCAGUUGGUUGAAGACGAUGUGUAUACCAUGUCAUGGGACAGCCGGCCACCAAAUGAAAAGCCCGACGUCGGUAACUUACCCUCUCUCGACUACGCCAUCUAUCUCUUCCACACUUUCAAAUUCCACCUGGGCCAGACGUAUCACUUAUUUGACGAGGUCGAGUUCGUGAACCAGAUCCGUGAUUUCUAUUCUGAUGCGCAACGGAAGGCAGAGGAGAACCGCCUCUGGUAUGUCAAGUUUCUCUUGAUUCUGGCAUUUGGCACAGCCCUUCAUCUGUCUCAGCCAAUGCCGUCUGGUCAGCCCCCUGGAUCAAAGUUCUUUGUGCGCGCAAUGGGUCUGAUGCCAGACCACACAGCUCUGUGGAAGGAUAGUUUGUUUGCCAUUGAGGUUCUCGCAAUGGUUGGCUUGUAUUUGUACUCUAUUGAUCAGAGAGAGUCGGCCCAUGUAUACCUUGGUCAGGCUAUUCGAAUUGCCCAAUUGGAGGGUCUCCAUACGCAGUUACCUGAUAGCGAACUUGGUAGUGAAACAGUUACUUCUUGUCGCGAUUUAUGGUGGACGUUAUAUAUCAUGGACCGGCACUUUUCAUCUUCUCUUGGAUUGCCCAUGUCGGUACAGGAUAGUGACAUAACCACUCCAGUCAACCCACCAAACGUUGGAUCCCAAGGGGACAGUCUUCGCAGUCUCCAGGUCAAUCUCUCUCACUUACUAUCAGUAAUUCUAACUACACUUUACAAGCCGGAAAAAACACCACUUGGGCAGUUCCUUGAACAAACCAAAGCUAUACUUCGCACUCUAGCACAUCACGCACAGGAAAUUGAACGUAUCAUCUCUCUCAAAUUCAAGAAUAACACAGUAGAUACCAUGCCUAGAGGUACGAAAUACAUCAUGCUUCUCUAUCAUCAGUGCGUGAUAGUUGCUACACGUCCUUUGUUACUAUCAGUCCUCAAAGAGCGUCUCGAUAUUCUAGGCCAUCCAGGUAAUGAAAACUCAGAAGCCUUUCUCGAGCAAACAGCAACGGUGAUCUCAACUGGCAUCAAAUCGGCGGUCAAAACACUACAGAUUCUCACCAGCGAGUACAGUUUCCUUGAGGUCUUUCUUCCGUAUGACCUUGAAUUUACUUUCGCAGCCGCGCUGCACCUGAACAUGGCCACGGCAUUAUUCCCCGGUGUCGCAGAUGACGAAGGUUGCCAACUGCUCGUGCAUCAGCUCCUAGACAGUAUGAUCGCAAGAGGAAACCGACUGGCCAGAGUAAGAAAGCAGGAACUUGUCUAUCUCGAAGCGCAAUGCCAGGAACUCGUCGCACAGGUUCAGCAACAGGGUCUACAGACCCUGUCACUAGUAGUCACGGACGAAGACGAGGAGCAGCAACAGCGCCUUCUUGCAACAGCGUCCAUGGGCAUGGAGUCUGAUGCGUUGCCUAUGUAUUGUGUUCAGAAUCCUGUAACGAGCGAUAUGGAGUUUCUGGAUAAUAUUGGGAUCUCGUCAGAGGACUUCAUGUCGAUUGUCAACCAGAUAGGAGAUCCCGAUAUUAUGCCGGAGAAUAUGUUGACGUUGGAGUGA